GGGCCCGCGCUGCGCUCCGGAGGGACGCGGCACCGCACCGCACCGCCCUGCCCUCCCCUCGGAUCGCGGAGCAGACGCUGCGGCGCUGGGAUCUUCCCGUGCCGCGGGCCGGACCCUACCAGCCCUAGUGGGAUAAAUGGACCCACACCCCCCAUCCCGGUGGGAUUUGCCCAUGCGCUGAGAAGGACACUGCGUCCACGGAAGGAGGUUGCAGUGUCACCCCUGGGUGCAGACGGAGGGAGUUUGACCCCACUGCCCCCCCUCGGCCAAGGGACAUGAGUCAUGGGGUGGUGUGAGCGUGGUGUGCAGAUGCUGCUGGCGACCAUAGGGGCCUUCGGAGCCUUUGGUUUGAUGACCAUCGCCAUCGGCACAGACUAUUGGCUCUAUUCCAAGGCGCGAAUUUGCAACACCACAAACGGCAGCCAGGAGGAGGCGCCCCAGGACCGCAAGGAGCUCGGCUCCCUUACUCACUCCGGCCUCUGGAGGGUGUGCUGUCUGGAAGGGGUGAGGCGCGGAAUCUGUCAGAAGAUUAAUCAUUUUCCAGAAGACACUGACUACGAGCAUGAUAGUGCGGAAUACCUCUUGA